UCUCCAUCUACACCGGAGGCUCCCACAGCGGAACUUCAGGUCGGACAACCGUGUUCCGGAACUCUGUAACUCCGGAACUAGAGGAGGAAGUUCGGUUUGUUGCGACCCGACUGAAUUAUCAUUUUGCACUUCCGGCGAACCAAAAUGGCUGCGGCCGUUCAGGAUUCACGUGUGAGCCCGGGGGGAAAGCUGAAGCGUUCCCCGAAGAAAAAGAAAAAAAUGAAGAAGGUAGCCAAGGCUGCAGUGUCGAAGCUAAAAGAUGAGCUCAAAGACUCUUCCGACGGAGAAGGAAGCGGUGAGUCAGAGAUGGACUACUCCGAUGAUGGAGCUGUAGAAGCAGACAGCGAGGACAACGUUGAAUCCUGUGAGGAGGAAAAUGAAGUCGCUGCAGAAUCGAGUGCUGGGACUAAUUCAGGCUGGGCAGAUGCCAUGGCAAAAAUCCUUAGCAAAAAGACUCCUAAAAGCAAACCCACCAUCCUAACCAAAAACAAAGAGCUGGAGAAGGAGAAGGAGAAGCUAAAGCAGGAGAGGCUGGAGAAAAGGAAGCAGAUUGAUAAGAAGCGGGAGUGGGAAAUGCUGUGCAGAGUGAAGCCAGAUGUCAUCAAAGACAAAGAGGCAGAGAGGAACCUUCAGAGGAUUGCGACAAGGGGCGUGGUGCAGCUCUUCAAUGCUGUUCAGAAACACCAGAGGAAUGUUGACGAAAAGGUUAAGGAAGUAGGAGGCUCCAUCCGGAAGCGAGCUAAGCUGAUGUCAACUGUUUCCAAGAAGGAUUUCAUCAGUGUUCUGCGAGGAAUGGAUGGUGCAAGUGAGAGCAGUUCUGCUGGGAAGAGCCCCAAAGCCAGACAGACCGAAGUGAAAUCAGAGGAGGGCCCAGGGUGGAAGAUUCUGCGAGAUGACUUCAUGAUGGGCGCCAGCAUGAAGGACUGGGACAAGGAGAGCGAGGGUGAGGAGCAGCCUGCUGACGGCCAGGCAGGGUCGGCCAGCCACUGAGCAGACGCUGGGAGCAUCCGGCUCUCCUGCAAACAGCCCUGACGGCGGCGGGAGCCUGGGGCCAUCUAAGUGCCGGGACCUCCUGAGAACCUGAGCUCAGGGCCCCCACGUGCAGACUGUACUAAAGUUGUAUUUUUAAUUCUUAUAUACAUUCAAGCCGUUUUUCCAAAAUAUUUGUACAAUGGAAUAUGUUUUUUACUUGAGCAGUAAGAUGUGCAUUUUCUAGGACCCUUUCCUGUGGACACAUGCACACCAGCGUUAAAGUGCAGACCCAUUUAGAAUUAAAAUGAAUUUGAUGUGAGAUGUCUACUCAGAUCCAUGCACCUGUCUGUCGUGGAGGGUGGAUAACUGGUGUCAUGGGGUUGUGUGGUUAAGCCUUUAAGCAAAAGGUAUGGAAAACUUCAAAUUGCAAUAAUUUUUAUUUGAAUUUUAGAAACACUGAUAAAGCUGUCCGAUAUCCACCCGUGAUUCCUGUGAAACUUGAGUUGCCAAGUUCGUGAGGGAACUAGGUACUCAUGCGACGUGUCUGCCUUUGAGAAGGAUCUGUCUCCCGGUCUCUCCAUGAAGUGAACCGUGCCACCACCCAUGUGCACUUGACUCUGUCCACACUGAGCCACCCUGCCCAGUGGGCUGGAGCAGAGAUGUUAAGUUUUCAGGCCAACCAAGGGCUAGAAAUGUUCUGGGACCUCAGGGGCCCUGGCUGGCGUUUGCUAUCAGAAUGAAGGACUCACCCGUAGGACUGUACGCUCAUUAUAGAAAAGCUCUAACUGGUGAUUGUCUUCAUUGCACUCAGGAACUUAAGUGUCGCAUAAAUUAUGUGGGUUUCCCAGAGUGAUACAGGAAUGUGAAGUAAUCCAGACAUUACUUGGGGGGAGGGGGGAUCGUACUGCCUACAAAUGCUGCCUCUUCAGAACAAGUACGGUUCCUCAUUGUCUUCCGCUGACUGUUUGGGUCAGACUCCCGUUUGCAGUUUUCUGGAGCUCACGUGUGGAUGACACAGUGUGUGCACGUGCCUGUGAUGUACAGGUGGUCCUGGAGCAGAGAGCUGGCUUUUAUAGCCCUUCAGUUAACCUCAGGAAGUUGAGCCCAGCUUUCAAAACGCACAAAAGGAAGAGAAUGUUCACAGACUUCUUCUUUCCGAGGGAUUUUAUUCCAUAAUAAAAUCGAGGUGCCCCUGGA